ACACGGACGCAUUUCCCUGAACGCACCAUGGUGUCAUCAUACGAUGCUAGCUGUUAGCUUCUUUUACCUAAACUCUUGUCAGAUAAUUUAACGACUAAUUUAACUUCUGUCAGCGACGCUUGACCGAGUGGGUGUUUGCUUCUCACCGGACGUGUCCAGCUGCUCGUAAGCUGUCGUUAAAGCCCCGGUACCGGUUGCUGCUCGGUGUUUAUCGUUAGCUCAGUGCUAACAACAGAGACAGCUAACCAGCUUUCCAUGCGUCUACAGCUGCUGUCAUCUCAACAGAGAUCACUGACAGCCGUCUCCAGCAGACAUCAUGGAGCUCCAGGCGGUGUUGAUGGCCGCUGGCGGGGGUUCUCGUAUGACUGAUCUGACAUACAACACUCCCAAAGCAAUGCUGCCUGUCGGCAACAAGCCCCUCAUGUGGUACCCGCUGAACCUGCUGGAGAGGGUGGGCUUUGAAGAGGUGAUCGUGAUCACCACCAAAGAGGUCCAGAAGAUGAUGAGCACAGACAGUAAAAUGAAGCUGGACGUAAAGAUGAAACUGGAUUGGGUUUGCAUUCAGGAAGAUGGAGACAUGGGCACCGCAGACGCUCUCAGACACAUCCAGCAGAAGAUCAAGACGGACGUCCUGGUGGUGAGCUGCGACCUGAUAACAGACGUGGCGCUUCACGAGGUGGUUGAUUUGUUCAGAGCCCACAAUGCAACACUGGCCAUGCUAAUGAGCAAAGCCCAUGAAUUCACAGAGACAGUCCCGGGCCAGAAGGGCAAGAAAAAGACAGCUGAACAGAGAGACUUUGUGGGAGUGGAUCAAUCGGGGAAGAGGCUGCUGUUCAUGGCCAAUGAGGCAGAUCUGGAGGAUGGGCUCUCAAUUAGGAAGUCUAUCAUGAGGAAACAUCCCAGGAUGCACAUCAAAACAGGCCUGGUGGACGCUCACCUCUACUGUCUGAAGAAAGCAGUGGUGGAUUUUCUUGUUGACAACAAGUCCAUCUCUUCGAUCCGUGGUGAACUGGUGCCAUAUUUGGUGCGGAAGCAGUUUUCCAAAACAACCAACAGUCCGAAAAUCAAAGACGACGCCGAGGAUCAGAACCAGAAAACGAAUGACGGCUCCACGAACCACGAGCUCCUCAUCUCAUCACGAGACGAGCCUCUCCUCCAGCUGGCCCAGGAGCGCUCCUGUUGGAACGACCACCGCGGUGACAUGAGCGAGGCUUACCACGGAGGAAAGCUCCGCUGUUACGUUCACAUUAUUGACCAGGGCCUCUGCUACCGCGUCAACACUUUAGCUGCUUUCAUAGAAGCAAACCGACUGGCCCCAAAACUGUUUGAGGAGCCAGCGGUCCACCCGUCUGCUGUCAUCUCUGAGAGAUGUCAGAUGGGAUCAGACAGUAUCAUCGGAGCGCAGUGCCAGGUUGCAGAUAAGACCUCUAUAAAGAGAUCAACCAUCGGAAACUCCACUACCGUAAAAGAGAAGGUCAAAGUCACCAACUCUAUCAUCAUGCACGGGGUUACCAUCGAGGAGGGGUGUAACAUCCAGGGCUGCGUGAUCUGCAGUAACGCUGUCAUCGGCCGAGGAGCAGACCUCAAAUACUGCCUGGUGGGAAACGGACAACGGAUCGAACCAGAGGCUGAGAGGACUAACGAGGUCAUCGUUGGAACGGACCAGCUGAUGGAGAUCUAGCUCCCACGAGGAUAGAGGGUGGAAUCCCCUCAUUAACCAAUCAGAGAGCAGCAAAACACAAGAGGACAACCAAUUCAUCGGCCGACUGACCAACCAGAAGCUUGGAUGCUGCUUGACGCUUCUUCUCAUAGGCUUUUUUGUACAUUGUGUCCAAAUAAAGACAAGUGCUUAAACCCCAUGA